GGACGAUAUCCUUUGCAUUGUGCCUGCAUUGAAGGACAAGCAGGUUUUGCCAUUGAAUUGCUUGAUAAGGGAGUUAACGUUAACUCAGCAAACGAAAAUGGUUAUACUGCUUUGCACUACAGUGCUAUGUGGUCUCAAUUAGAUUGCUUAAAAGUUUUACUGAAUAAAGGAGCAGAUGUAAAUUUAAAAACAUUAAAUGAAGAAACAGCUUAUGAUGUGGCAAAAAGGUAUAAGAAG